GUGUUUGUGUACACAUUAUAUUGGACACUCUUUAGAUAAUUUGCACUUUUUUCUGAAAAUGGAUCUUACGUCACAGUUUUUUUCGAAGCUGAGGAACUUGGCGGGGACUCUGGAGACGGAAAGUGCUAAGCUUCAGUCGGCGUUUGAAAAUCGUAAGAAUGACGGAGAAACAACGGAAAAUGCUACGCGAGCAUAUCACGAACUGCGCCGUGACGUCAUGCAGCUGAGGGCACAGGUGCAGGAUCAGCUGUCCCAGCAGAGGUCACGGGAGGAUGAAGUCAUCACCUUCAUUAAGGCCUGUGGGGUGAUGCAGCAGAGAGUCACUGACGACAUCCAGAAACUGAAGGCACACUGGGAAAAAUAUGGCUAUAAAACACCUCAAGAAAUCCAUAUACCACCCAAUAACAAAGAUCAGGAAUCACAGGUGGAAGUCGAAACGGCUCAUAAGAAAGAAGAAGAGCUGGUGGGAGGAACAAAUAGCAUCCAGGAGGAAGUUGAAGUGAACCAUAUUACAGGAUAUCCUCCAGACGUAGUACCACAGCCCUGCACCAAUUUACUGCGAACUCCCCAGCUCUCUGACUUUGGCCUCUCAGAGAUUCAGCUGAAGAGAGCAGUGGCUGGUUGGUGUGCUGAAAUGACCCCUAUGCCUGAGAUGUGCCUGCCCAUUCCAUCAUUAGGCACACCUGCACCACCAAUGCCCAUAACUCCAAAAUGCGCCCUACGGCUGGAAGAAGAUGAGCUGCACACACCCCAGAUGCAUGAUUUUGGAAUUUCAGAACACACAAUGUGCCUCAACAAUGACUUCACUAUGGACUUGCACAGGAAGAACAUCGAAAAAUCCACAAGAUCAUCACAGGAUGUUGCAACACCACCUGUCAUCGAGAGUUUGCCGGGAAAAGUGAGGUUGGAGACCCCAGAGCCACCUGCAUUUUGUACUCCGGGUUUCAAGAUCAACAAGACAAACUGUCAUUCGCAACAAGGGGACAGUUACUCUGAAUCCUGUGGUCCCCCUGAAAAACUGCCAGUCACCCCCGAGGUCCCAGCAUUCCAAACUCCUUAUGUGAGCCGACUGGUCAGCACCAAGAAGAGUCCAAGACAACAUCAAGCUGAUGAUGAAAACCACACCUUUGAGUUUCCAUCAUCUUGUGACCGAGCGACCGGCUCUAAACCCAACUGGGAGUACAAUGUGCCGGAUCACUUUGAUGAUAUGGAGGACAAGCUGAUGCCAGAGAUGCCGAACCUGGAGUCAAACCUGGGAAGCUCUUUACAAAUUAGAAAUGCAAAAUUGCAGAAGUCCUCUCUGGAAUCUGAAAAGAUGGCUAUCAAGCCUAUUGUCAGCCAUCUGGAGCUGGACGGACCCACCCAGGAGUUCAGUCUGGGGACGCCUCACGUUAGACGAGAUUUCCAAGAGCCCAGCACGCCAGAGAUGCCAGACCUGAGUGCUGUCACACAGGACAUCUGUAAACUGUUGUCCCAGGCACAGCAGAAGACUGCUGUGGCAGUUAAGAUCCCAGAUUUUAAGAAGAGAAAAGAAGGAAACAGGCUUGGAAGUUUGACUGUGGUGUCAGAAAGUGAGUUCCAGACUCUACCUAGCUACCUGAGGCAGAUGAGCCUGUACAGCCUGAACCAGGCAGUCCACAGCAUCAACGCAUUCAUAGACUGUCACGGAGAAAGGACAGAGUUUCAGACAGAGGAACUAAAGAGGAUCACUAAUGUUGGAACUAAGACUCCCAUAUAUCUCCUCUGCCUGACGGAACUCAAGAGGCUCCAGCAUGAGGGAGGCAUCAACAACACAUCUGUGUACAAACUGAUGUCACACAACUGACUUCACGUGGACAUGAGGGGAGUCUGAUCACAGCAAAGACUGGAUGUCUCCUCUGACGUGUGAAAUGUACUUGAUCACAUUGCAGUGUUGUACAUAUAGAGGUCUUAAAACUUAAGGCUGCAGUAUUCUGUAAUUUUCUCACUGGCUGGCAAGAGCAUGAAUAUGAGUUACAGAAAAAAAAAAUGAUAUUGAGUAGUGGUGAUUUCUUUGGCCCUGCGACAGGCUGGUGUCCUGUCUAUGGUGUACCUUGCCUCACGCUCUAUAAUGGCUGAGAUAGACUUUAGCCCCCCGGUGACCCCUAAUUGGAGUAAGUGGGUAUAGAAAAUGGAUGGAUG